AUGUCGACAGCAACGAAGAGCCCGCUCGUUCAUGACGGCGCUGCCAGAGAUGAGAGCGACGACAUGAUUGUGGACUCGACGAGUCAGCCCGCGUGGAGCAGCGAGCAAUCAUCUGCACCCAAUGUGAUCGAGAUCCUCAAGGCUUUCUUCGCAGCGCAAGAGCAGCGCAGAUCUCACUGGGCAGAGUUUGAUGAUGCAUUGGCAUCCAUCACCUCCUCUGCGGAUGCGGCGUCAAACAAUGCUCAAUCCGGCCGGCAUCACUCUUCUUCUUCUUCUUCUGCCCAAUCCGACGCACACGACUCGCCAGCAACUUCAGCAAGAGGCUGUCAAGCAUGCAGUGCCCAGUCUCUUUCAUCGCUCCCGCUCACAGAGGCAGACCUGCCAAGAAUCCUCUCCCUCGUCACUGCCGGCCUUCUUGACGCCUCUCAUCGCGUUCGGACGUGCUCUACGGAAUUGCGCGCCAGGCAAGAAGAGGAUCUCGCAACUUCAGUGGAUCGCGUUCAGGAUCUGGAGAAUGAUGUGCUAAGGAGCGUCGUGCGAAACGAGACCAUCAGAAGGGACGGCCAGAGGGAUCACCACGACGAAGUGCAGCAAUGCUCAAACAGGAUUCGCUCAUGCAGAGAGGGGAUUCAGGAGGCAUGUGCAGAGAUACGGGCUGAGCUGACCGAGCGGACACUCGAGACGGCAGAAUAG